AGAAGGAGAUUAAGGAAAAUUGAAACACGUACCUGAAAGAGAGAGGUUUAAUUUAUAUGAAUGGAGUGGAGAAGCUAUUAUAUGGAUAUUGUGUUUGUACCAUUAGGGUUAGUGAUCAUCUUAACUUAUCAUGUCUUGUUAUGGCAUAGGAUCCGUACACAGCCCUUGGCAACAGUCUUUGGAAUAGACGCUGAUGGUCGGCGAUUGUGGGUUCCAGCCAUGAUGAUGGAUAUUGACAAGAAGGGCAUAGUAGCUGUCCAAGCAAUUCGAAACAUGAUAUUGAGUUCAUCCCUUAUGGUCACAUCCUCCAUUAUCCUCAGUGCAGGCUUGGGAGCAGUCAUAAGCGGCGCUUACAAUGUUAAGAAACCCAUCAAUGACCUGCUUUUUGGAGCUGGUGGUGAAUUCAUGGUGGCACUCAAAUAUGCCACACUCCUUGCCAUUUUCAUAUUCUCAUUUCUAUGCCACUCUCAGUCUAUCAGGUUUCUCAACCAAGUGAAUAUCCUCAUUUGCAUUCCACAAGAGAUGAUGAACUUGGUAACCCCAGAUUAUUUGACUGAGCUAUUGGAAAAAGCUACUAUUUUGAACAUUGUGGGUAACAGGCUUUUUUAUGCUGGGCUUUCCCUUCUCCUUUGGAUAUUUGGGCCUAUGCUAGCUCUUAUGUGUUUAGUGGCAAUGGUGCCUGUACUCUACAGUCUGGACUAUGUGGCUGGGAAUGGAAAGACAAACUAAUGUGGUGGUUUGAUAUAAAAAUAACAUUGAAGACUA